AAUUGUAUAUAACAUGAAAAACCUAAGAGGAAAUCCACAUUGGCAUAAACAGUUUAUGUCGAUCUCUGGAAACACAUGUGGUCCCCUUCUUGGUAUUAUCUAUGGUUAUAUCAUACAUAAAACAAAAAAUGUCGAGAUGUUCAAAGAAAAGAGAACAAUGUGGAAAAUAUUAUACUAUAUAUUCUCUUAUGUUCCGUCGCUAGGUAUUAUAAUAAUUCCUGGUUGGUACGUGUUAGUACUCAAACCUGAAUAUGAUCCAUUUAUGGCUUCUUUCAUCGCCGUGAUUGGCAGACCUAUAUUUAUUUUAUCAAUAGGAUUUGGAAUAUAUGGAUGCUUGCACGGUAUUGGUGGAAUUACCGAACAUGUAUUAAAAUGGCCCCCGGUGUAUAUUCUGGGAAGAUUGUCUUAUAGUGUAUACCUGGUACAUUCUACAAUAAUUAUGUCCAGACAAGCCACAGCGAGAACUCCUAUAUAUGUUUCCGAAAUACAAAUUGCUUAUUAUCUACUAGCAGAUGUUGCAGCUUCUUUUCUGGUAGCUCUAUUGGUGACAUUAUUUUUCGAAAUGCCAAUCUCAGCCUUGAAGAAGUAUCUAUUGCCGCAACCUUCAAAAGAUAUUGAAGAGAAGAAAGAACAAUAGUAGUAGUAGUAGUAAUUUAUUUUUGUACUGUAAUAAAAAC